AUGCUGCAUUCUUGGAAUUUGCGCGUUCUUGCGCUAUGUCUUGCGACGUCCUUGUCGGGUGUUUCUGCGCAGGACCUUUCUACAACGACAGGCAUUGAGACUUCGACAGACUUGGGGUUUGUGGCGCCGUCAACUGAGGUUGCUCUUCCUGAUUCAACCACUUCAGAGGCCGUUGUUGACCAAGCUCCUUCGUCUGCUACUUCUGAACCUCAAGUACAGAUCCCUUUUACUUCUGCCGACGAGGAGACGACUCACAUCAAUGUUGCUCCGGCUUCAUCAGAGGAGAGCAGUCAAGCUGUAGAGCCUACAACAAAUGUUGCUCCCGCAACUGGAACAACGGAGUCUGCUGGUCCUGGUGUUGAAUCCUCUUCGCAACCCGAGCAGUUACCCGAUACUGCUACCACCGACAGCGACAUCCCCGUUAACACCGCGACUGGCCAUCCCGUGUUUCCUAAACCUAUCACUCAAGAGACCGAGUUUAGCACUCAGGCCACUGACGCUACUCCUGUGGAUCAGCCCUCAACAGAAAUUUCUGGUUCUCCUUCUGAGGCUACUCGGGAUGCCACUGGUGCUGCCACUCAUGCUGCUACUGAUGCUCUCACCGAUGUACAACCUCCUGUUGCUUCUACCGAGUCGACUGAGGUCGUCGAUCCUACGACCCAAGCCACUGAGCCAACCACCCAGCUCCCUCUCCCCGAGGCCACCACUGAGACCUCGUCAGCUCUUCAGCCUACGACUGAAAAAGCACCUGAGGCUUCGACUGACUCUGCUCCUGGACCUGGACCCGUCAUCAGGUCUACUACCGAGAUGAAGGCUCCUGAGGUUUCUACUUCUGAGGAGGCUCAGAUCCCUGCCGAGUCCACCACCGAUAAGGUUGAGCCCACGACUGAGGAGAAGCCAGAGCCCGAGCCAACCACUGAGUCCCAGGAGGCCCAGGAACCCGCAAGUCAGGCCCCUGGUCCUAAGCCUACCACCGAGGAUGCUGGCUCAAAUGAGCCAACAUCGAAGAAUGAACCUGGCCAGACGGGUGCUCCCAACGAGCCUGAGAAGACUACUGCCCCUCCCAAGCCGACCACCACUGAGGAUGGUAUCGUGACUGGUUCUAACGGCGCUGUUGUGACUUAUCUCCCUGAGCAGGACAAGGACUUCUCUGACUUCACUGGUACCACGACUACUACUGACGACGGUGGUGCUGCUAUUGUUAUCUUCCCUGGUGGUUGGUUCUGGAAGCCUUCUGGUAACCUCCCUGCUGGUAUUCUUCCUCCUCCUCCUGGUACUAACCCCGCUGGAGCUGGAGGUGGCACUCCUGGUGGCGGUGGUGAGGGAGAAGGUGAAGAUGACAAGAACGAGACCAAGAAGGAAGAUGAAGAGCAGUCCACCAAGAAGGAGGAGAAAUCUACCACUGAGCCCUCCACCACCGAGACAACGGCCAAGAGUACCGAGGCUACCAUUACUACCGAGGCUUGUUCUGCUGUCGAAAUCGAGGACUGCACCAGGACUAUCUCGUACUAUACCACCGAUGGAACCGUUACUCACACCGAGUUUGGCGACUGCCCUACCGUCGCUAGCUGCGCAACUGGUACCCAAGCUACUUCCACCGAGACCGUGUCUGCGGAGGCUGAGGAAGGUGAGGAGCUAGACAUCGAGGAGCUCGACAGCGAUAUUCCUGAUGAUUUUGACUCUGAGCCUGAUGAGGAGACUGUCGAAGCGCUUGAGGAUGCUUUGGAUGAAGGACUUGGUGUUGGAGCUACUACUACUGAAGAACCUACUGCUUCGUCUACUGGUACAGAGACCACUAGCGAGGCUAUUUCCACUGGAGCUGAGACUACCAGUGACGCCAAGACGGAGGAGACGCCUUCAGAGGCUACCACUGAGCGAAGCAUUACCAUCCCCAGCACACUCAUCACCACUACCCGUAACACCGACGAGUCUUCUGGUACAACUUCAGACGGAACUACAACCCAGCUCACCUCUUCUGACAUGAUCACUUCCGCCACUGCGACAACCACUAUGCGCACUUACUACCCCUGCAUUCCCUACGGUGGCCCUCGCGUUGAAACUCCCUCCUGUAACUGCGAGACAACCAGCGACGGAGAGCGAUACGUCGUCACAGCGCCAAUGAUCUCAGGCCAGUGCGCAGACUACACCGAGUUCCCUAUGAGCUUAUAUACCACUCCGCCUCCUGCACCUGAGCCCACUAUCUUCAAGGAACCUUUCACCCGCACUGACGCCGGCACUGUUCUCGUUUACGAGUCCUACUCGCUCAGUUACUUCGCCGUCAACACCAUCAAAGUCACCGCCACCGUCGGUCUCGGCGAAGCAUCUACUGUGUCAACACCUCUCCCUACUGCAACGAACUGGAACGGCGAUGGAUCGAGUAUCUGUAGCAGUGGUGACAAGAAUGUCCGUAACGCUGUUGCUGGGGCUUGCGAAGCUGCGUUGAAUAAAUUUGAGGAUGAUACUGUGUAUACUGACUAUGUUUCUCGAUAUGAGCGCAUGGGAAGUAUUCUAAAGGUACUCACUUUUGGAAAGGCUGGUUGUACGGUUCAGUUCUCUUGUGAUGAUUAUGGUAUUGGGAUGAAGGGCAAGGAUAUUAAGGAUCUACGCCGACAGCAAGAUGGCUUAACGCGUUGCGGCAACAUUGACUUGUCGAACUCGUGCAAGAUUCACAUUGACUACUGCACGGAAUGUCACCACGACGGCUGA